AUGUCUAAAUUCUGGAAGAAUAUCAAGAAGGUGUUCUUUGAAAAGACUCCAACCGAAAUGUUCUCUCCCCCUACAGAACCGACUCCCAGCCAAGUCCUACCAACCUCUACUUCAGCACGACCAUCCACUACUCUACCCCACCGACCCUCUACUCAAGCUCAACCAUCUUGCCCACCGACACCACCUCCAAAACCCCAUGCCUACAUCUCCACUUCCCUGCACCAAGCAUUCAUCCGCUCACACACCCUCCCACCACUGACGCCCCUCGAGCGAGCCAUCAUCGACGAUGAUUUCAUCGCCCCUCUCCCACCCCUAGAAUCCAGUUUUCUGGACCAAACCGCAGAGAUGCACACCCCAGAAGCCAUUCUCUCGGCGUUUAAUAACUCUUUUGGGACGUGGUAUACUAUGGAUAGGUUUGAGGGCAUGUUGCAUAAUGCGUGGAAAAAUGGGGUGUUAAAAAAGUGGGUUAAGGAUAGUAUGGUUGACAUAGGAGUUUAUUAUUCGUUCGUUAGCGCGGAGGAGGGUAGGGAGGUUUGA